AUGAUGCGCCCCCGAAUAGCCCGCGUGUCGCCUGGUACGUUCGCACCAAGGCGAGGCAGGUGCUUGCUCUGCGUUCGCCAACAGCGCCGGUUCGCGUCGACCCAAAAACCAUCCACGCCAGCGACUGGACCUCCCGACCAUCGCAAGCUCGGCGUCCAGCAGGGCCUCUUCACCACAUCACCAUACAGCCCUGGCUCGCCGAUAUUUCUGCCCGGCGGGGCCCGAAUAUUCAACCGUCUUGUCGAUUUUCUCCGCAAGCAGUAUGUGCGAUAUGGGUUCCAAGAGGUGAUCACACCCACCAUCUACAAAAAGGCGCUCUGGGCCAAAAGUGGCCAUCUGGAGAACUAUGGGGAUGACAUGUACUCUGUGACUGGAUACACGAAAAAGCACGAAACCUGCUCACAUGGGCAAGAGGGCGAAGACGACGGUGAAUACGGGCUGAAGCCGAUGAACUGCCCUGGCCACUGCAUCAUCUUUGCUAGCCAGCAUCACUCAUACCGCGACCUGCCAGUUCGCUACGCUGAUUUCAGCCCUUUGCAUAGGAACGAGAACUCCGGGUCAUUAAGUGGUCUGACGAGAGUGAGGAGGUUUCACCAGGACGAUGGGCACAUCUUCUGCCGGCCGAUACAAGUGGAAGAGGAGAUACGGAAAACGCUGGACUUUGUCAAGGUCGUGUACACAGCGCUCCGGCUGGGUGUGGAGUACAGACUUGCGCUCUCGACGAGACCCAAGGACCACUUUAUCGGUGCCGUGGAGGAGUGGGAUCGCGCCGAGGAUGCGCUGCGCCGUGCACUGAACAAGUCAGGCAUGCCGUGGUCGGUCAACGAGGGCGACGGUGCCUUUUACGGCCCCAAGAUUGACAUUGUGCUCAAAGACUCUGAUGGCAAGGAGCACCAGACGGCGACGGUGCAACUGGACUUCCAGCUGCCCAAGCGCUUCGAGUUGGAAUACCAAGCGCCUGCACCAGAGCACGAGGCCCGCGGCGAAGUCACAGACCACGUGGAGAAGUUGGCAGUGUAUGGCCCUGUGCGACCCGUCAUGGUGCACCGCGCCGUGCUGGGCUCUGUGGAGCGACUGAUGGCAAUCUUGAUUGAGAGCUACAAUGGCAAGUGGCCGUUCUGGCUCAACCCGAAGCAGGCCAUCAUUCUGACGGUCACCACCUCGCCGGCGGUCCUGGAAUGGGCGCGCCAGGCCAAGGAUGUCCUCGUUGGUAAUGACGGGGCGACCUACCAGGCCCUCGAGGCGGGCAAGCUACCAUCUGAACAACACCCACUGCGGCCCACAGGACUGGCUGUCGACGUAGAUGAUACGGCGCGCCCACUCGGGACAAAGAUUCGCGAAGCUAAAUCGGCAGGCUAUGGUCUUGUGCUUGUUGUGGGCGAGAAAGACGUCCAAGAUAAGAUCGUCAGCCUAGGCAAGGAGCGCCUCAGCGCCGAGGCACUGCGAGAUCGCAUGAUCAACAUGGUAGAGACAUUCCAAUAG